AUGAGCUCCCAGUUUGACCCGUUCACUCAAAACAUCACCUUCCACGCAGUGGACGGCAGUCCCUUCAACGUCCCCGUGGAAGCCGUAGACUCGUUCAUGCAGUACUGCAUCCGCAUCUGCAUCAACUACGGGGCGCAGCUGGGAGCCAGCAUCAUCUUGCUGGUGGUUCUGCUGCUCCUGACAAGACCCGAGAAGCGUCGCUCCAGCGUCUACCUCCUCAAUUGCACUGCUCUGUUCCUGAACAUCGGGUUGCUCAUCUGUCAGGCCCUGUAUUUCACUUCACCCUUCGUGGAGGUCUACGCCUACUUUGGCCACGACUACUCCCGUGUGUCGCAGUCCACAUAUGCCAACUCGGUCCUCGGCGUCGUCCUGGCCACUCUACUUCUCAUAAGCAUCGAGAUCUCGCUCGUCCUGCAGGUUCAGGUCGUCUGCGCCAACCUCCGCCGCCGCUACCGGCGCCUCCUGCUCGGCCUAUCCAUUGUCGUGGCCUUAGUGCCCACUGGCUUCCGUCUCGGCCUGAUGGUCGAGAACAGCAAGACAAUCAUCAAGGCCGUGGGCACCGCGUAUCUGAUCUGGCUCCAGAGCGCCACCAACAUCACCCUGACCAUUAGCAUCUGCUUCUUCUGCACCGUCUUCGUCGCCAAACUCGGCUACGCCAUUCACCAACGCAGACGGCUGGGGGUCGCCGACUUUGGUCCGAUGAAGGUCAUCUUCGUGAUGGGCUGUCAGACGCUCGUCGUUCCUUCCUUCUUCUCCAUCCUCCACUACAUCGUCAACGUCCCCGCCCUUUCCGCCAACGUCCUCACCCUCGUGACCCUCUCCCUCCCGCUCUCCUCCAUCUGGGCCGGCGUCGCCCUCGACCACCGCGCCAGCAACAACAGCAACAGCCCUACCAACAACUUAACCAGCUCAACUUCCUCCCGCCGCAACCUCUGGCAAGUCCUCUCGCUCUCGCACGUCGGCGAUGAAAAGCAACUCUCGUCGCACACGAUCGGCUCCACCGCCACCUCGGCUUCCGGCCAACACAAAACCGGCGCCGGAACCACUUGCUUCGCCGGCCCCGCCCAGCAGCAUCGAAAGGAUGUGGAAUUGGGGUACGGGAUCGCCGUGGAGCAUGAUAUCUCCGUGCGGAGCGUGAAGAGGGAGAAUGAUGUGCUGUGAGUUCUAGGGGUGUGUGUCUUAUUGCUUUUGCUGGCAGUGAUGCGUGGUAAAGUGGGUGCGGGUAUCGCGCUGCGUUGGUUUUAACGCAUUGACGGGGGGAGGGAAGUAUGGGGGUUGAGUGAGAUCGUACUCAGGUCGCCUUUUAGCUGGCUGAUUUAAUAUUUCCUUUUUUUUGAUGGUUCGGUUGAGCACAUGCGUUGAGGCAUGAUGGCUUUCUUACUUCGAAAAGCUUGUGGCUGGACUAG